AUGACGCGAUGGGACGCGGCGCGGCGCGGCAAGUCGAGAUGGGACGAGGCGAGGCGAGAGGCGCAACACGUCCCGCCGCGGGCAACGCCUCCCACGCGACAGCUCUGCCCGGCGGGGGGAGGCACAUGUGAUGUUAAUUAUUAUAACCACGCAGUUUCCGAAACUGGUAAUCUCUUGAAACUCCACACGCAGAAUUCAUUUCCAGAACCAUGGUGUCAAAAGUGCGGGCCGCGCAAAUCUUCCUGGGAGAAGCGCCUGGAGGUGCGAAGGCAUAAAAAGCUGGAAAUGCUGCAACCACGCCUCGUCCAUUAA